AUGAACGGCUACGGCUCCCCCUACCUGUACAUGGGCGGCCCGGUGUCGCAACCGCCGCGGGCGCCCCUGCAGCGCACGCCCAAGUGCGCGCGCUGCCGGAACCACGGGGUGCUGUCCUGGCUCAAGGGCCACAAGCGCUACUGUCGCUUCAAGGACUGCACCUGCGAGAAAUGCAUCCUGAUCAUCGAGCGGCAGCGGGUCAUGGCGGCUCAGGUGGCGCUGCGCCGGCAGCAGGCCAACGAGAGCCUGGAGAGCCUGAUCCCGGACUCGCUGCGGGCUCUGCCGGGGCCCCCUCCGCCGGGGGACGCCGCCGCCACCGCCGCCGCCGCCUCGCAGUCGUCGCCAGCCUCCCAGCAGUCCCAGCCGCCCGCGCCGCCUCGUCCGGCCGCCGAGUUGGCUGCAACCGCCGCGCUGCGCUGGACCGCGGAGCCCCAGCCCGGGACGCUGCCGGCGCAGCUCGCCAAGCCAGAUGUGACUGAAGAGCAUCUUGGGGACAGCAGCAGUUCAGCAGACAACGCCGCUGCGGAGGCCUUCAGUGACAAAGACACGGACCAGAGGAGCUCCCCGGAUGUGGCCAAAGGCAAGAACUGCUUCACUCCAGAGAGCCCCGAGAUCGUGUCCGUGGAUGAAGGGGGGUACGCCAUGCAGAAAAACGGGGGCAACCCCGAGGGCUGCCCGGACAGCCCCAAGUACCACGCCGCCGCCGAGCAGAGUCAUCUUCUGAUCGAGGGCCCCUCGGGGACCGUCUCUCUGCCCUUCAGCUUGAAAGCCAACCGGCCACCCCUGGAAGUGUUGAAGAAAAUCUUCCCCAACCAGAAGCCCACUGUGCUGGAGCUCAUCCUGAAAGGCUGCGGGGGCGACCUGGUCAGUGCGGUGGAGGUCCUGCUGUCCAGCCGCUCCUCGGCGGCGGCGGGCGCCGAGCGGACGGCCGAAGAGAGCCUCGUGCUGCCCUCCAGCGGCCACAUCUUCGAACACACGCUGGGCUCCUACCCCAUCUCUUCCUCCAAGUGGUCGGUGGGCUCGGCCUUCCGAGUCCCGGACACCUUGCGCUUCUCGGCGGCGGCGGCGGCGGACUCCAGCAACGUGGUCCCCAACCCCUUGGCCGUGCCCCUGCAGCACCCUUUCCCCCAGCCACCCCGGUACCCCCUGAUGCUGAGGAAUACUUUGGCCCGAAACCCGUCGAGCCCCUUUUUGCCCAACGAUGUCACCCUGUGGAACACCAUGACGCUGCAGCAGCAGUACCAGCUGAGGUCUCAGUACGUCAGUCCCUUCCCUAGUAACUCCACCAGCGUCUUCCGGAGCUCGCCCGUGCUCUCCUCCCGCACCACAGAGGACCCUCGGAUCUCCAUCCCCGACGAUGGAUGUCCAAUCGUGACCAAGCAGUCCAUCUACACAGAGGAUGACUAUGACGAGAGGUCUGACUCCUCGGACUCCAGAAUACUCAACACAUCAUCCUAA